GAAAUCGCUAAGCCAGCUUGACUCACUCACCUCCUCAGUCAGUCGUUCGUUUCUUCUAUGGUACGUACCUUUCGUGGGUACCAUUGUUCCGUUUUCUAGCUGGCCAUGGCCAGUGCACACUGCGAUUCCGGUUUUCCUCUCUUGUACGGUGUGAUUUGCUGUUGAUGCUACGUAGCGCCAAUGACUUGGCUACCGAGCAAUUUUGUUACCUGUUGAUUUACGUGCAAUAGUUAAUCCUAAUGGAAGAGUCCAUAAUGUCGGGCGACUCGCCUAACGCGCACAAGAACGAAAUCUUCGACUUCUCCAAGGAGGGAAGAUCGUCGCCCGUGCCCACCACCUCCAAGGAUGCGGCGGUGCAAAUCUCCAACCCCGCCCCCGCCGCCGCCGCCGGCAUAGUGCAAACCUCCGUGGCGGUCGAGCCGGAGAAGCGCGUGAAAGAGGAGGAGCCUCUGGACAUCUGCUGCCCGACGCUGAACGAGUCGGACGACCUGAAGCGACAGGAUUCCGAGGAGGGCCUGAAGUUCGACGACCGCGACGACAGCGACGAAAAGGACAAAAAGGCCAACGGAGGGGACAAGUUGGACGGCGUGUGGGUGCCGACGGCGAAGAAGGACAAGCCCAGGCAGGACGAGGAAAUGGACGACAACUGCGUGGUCAAGUGCCUGUACUAUACCCUGCAGUGCUACGACAGCGACGAAAAGGACAAAAAGGCCAACGGCGGGGACAAGUUGGACGGCGUUUGGGUGCCGACGGCGAAAAAGGACAAGCCCAGGCAGGACGAGGAAAUGGACGACAACUGCGACAAAAAGGCCAACGGCGGGGACAAGUUGGACGGCGUUUGGGUGCCGACGGCGAAGAAGGACAAGCCCAGGCAGGACGAGGAAAUGGACGACAACUGCGUGGUCAAGUGCCUGUACUAUACCCUGCAGUGCUGUGAGUGCAACAUUAUGUAG